AUGGAUAUUGCUUGUCGGACUUUGAACACUCGACCUUCACAAACAGACACUCUUUACUGGUCCAAAGAUAAUAAUAUUGCCGUGCUAACUCCAUCGCUGAUCCAUGUUAAAAGGCUAGUAUAUAAGGGUUCCAGCGAGUCGGAUCAUAGUCGACUAGUAAAUGCAGGUACCAUAUUUUGUGAGAGUACAGACGCUAAAAAUCAUAUUCGGGCGAAUGCGAAUGUAUGGUCAGCUGUCGUCAAGAACCUAGUUGGUGAAAUGUUUAAAUGCCUCGCUUGGUCCCCACCAAGUUGCUCAACACACGGGUGCUUACUAGCCACAAUCACAACAAAUUAUUAUGUGGCCAUAUUUCGCCCUAGUGGUAGCUUGAUGCAUCCCAAAUGGGAAGAGGUUAAUUGUAUCUCAAAUCGUCUAGUGAGCUAUUACAAAGGGAUCGGUCAUCUACCAACGACGAUCGAAAAUUCAAUGGCAUUCGAGUCCAUAUCCCUGUCAUGGUCUCCUCAAUGCUUCUGUAAGGGAUUUAUGCCAUUAUCAAUCAUAGCGUUGGGAAGCAAAGCUGGCACAAUUACUUUGUGGAGUUAUACUAUUGACGCUAAUCUUGUUUAUAAGAUUGAUGCGUGUCGGUCCUGGAUAAUUACUUUGGAAUGGUCGCGCUGGUGGACAAUUGACGAGGAUACUUUUACUUCACUGCUGAUAGUUGGAUGUCUCGAUGGGUCUUAUUCUUUGUGGAAAGUAACACUAUAUUAUAAAAGAUCAGAGCUAUCUGAUCAGGAGGAGGAUGAGCUUGUAAUUAAUGCGGAGAAAGGAGCAGUCUUACUUGAAGCAGACAAACGAGAGCCUUGUUUAAUAAAAUGGUUUAAAGAUAAGCGUAAUCAACGCGAUAAGCUUGCUAUGAGUAAAAUGUCUACACUAUUUAUAUGGAUGCCAACACUUCCUGUUUAUGACAACUUCGAAUCCAUCAUGCCAAUCACUUUUAAUUUCCCUGAUACUGUGCUCAUUACCGGCAUAAGCUGGAAUAACGAUGGAACUCAACUAAGCGCUUUCAGCUUGGAAGGAAAACAGUGGAUUCUCGACAUUUCAGAUUCUGGCAUAUCGAUUAAUAAAGCCGCUACAGAGCGCUUGAGGAAAAAUGUAGAAGAUCAGCUAAAAGACGCUUUUCGGAAGGUAAUGGCCGACGAAAAAGAUUCCGAAAAUGAAAGCGAUGACGGUGAAGGCGAUGAUGAUGUUGGUUCUCCACCACCCUUUAAUUUUGAUGGACUUGACAAUUACGAAGAGACUAUGGUCGAAGACAGUAUUUCAAAAAGUCGUGAAAAAGACAAUGCAACAAAUAGCGAGAACAUGGACAUAGAUGAAGGAAAGACGUAUACGUCAGAUUUGUUAAUGCAACCACAAAUGCUUGGAAUAGACGCAUCGGCUAAUGGAAUAUUCGUGGCCUUUGUUUUCGCGGUGAUAUCUGGGUGUGACAUGGAUUAUUUGACGACAAAAUCAAACAAAUCAUAUCUGUGUUUUGUCCUGACCGAAAACGAUGAACCUGAUGUAGGCGUAAUAGAAACGUACUCUAACGAUCUUGCAUUGUCAAUCGAGAAUAGAUAUUUGAUUCUGGAAGCAUCACCCGCUUACCUUCUCUGGGAUUUACUCGAGUAUGCUGAUUUCGAACUGCAUUUUGAUGAACCCGAUAACUUUUUUGAAUCUCUGGUGAAAACUUGUGAACGGCAAUACACGAAAUUUUCUGAAAUGUCGCUGAUAGACUGGUGGGAGCAAAUAUCUGAACUCGAUAUUCUGAAUUCAAGUACAGAAGAUUUAAUUGAAUUAUGGAGAGAUUUCUUUUAUGGUGACUGCGCUUUCAAUGCGCGACGGCUUAUUAUAUAUCUCUACAGUUCAAUCAAGCACUUAGAACUUAAUAGUGAGCUUCUAUCCAAAUCAGAAGGGAUGAAAUAUGAGCACAUAUCGCUGAUUGAAAAGCAGCAGCUGAACAUUAUUUUAAAAGUGACUAGCUACGCUCUUAGUGUCGGUUGUAUAAUAGAUGAUGUUGGAGAUCAACGGUUUAUAUUGAGCGCCUGUGAUUACGCACUCUUGCGCCACAAAGAUGAUAAGUCUUUACUUCAAUUAGCCCAAUCUGUCUAUGAAGCUAUGGAUAAAACACCGACCGACUUUGGAAGUCUUGAGAAAGAAAGGAGUAUAAUUUCACAGCUGUUGGUGUCUAAUGGAUCUAUGGAUGUUAAUAUACAAAUUCCCGCACGACACGAGCAGGUGGAGUUUGUGAAAAGGGACAUUUAUGGGGGCUAUGUUCGAUAUCAUUUGAAAUAUUACCCGGGAUGCACAUACGAUCAUGCCUUGCUUGUAAUCAUAAAGCAAGUGAAUUACAGGUUGUCGAAUCUUCUAGAUGGAUAA